AUGUCACUUACGACGUAUAACCAUGCUCCUUCAUGUCCGUCUGUGAAUCCUUUUGAUCUGGUGCGUGCAGCCUUUAAACAGUGGACCAUGCAGCGGCCCUCCAAUCGUCAGAGACUGGUGGAUGAGGCCGAAGCAAGAUUCAGGAGCGAGUGCACCUUCAGGCCCAUGAUCCCACGGAAGAUGCCUGUCUUCAACCAGGCAGAAGCUCCUAACGACUACUACAAGUUGAUCAAACAAUUCGAAAUUGAGAAGCGAGACGCCAGGGAAUUUACUGAGUGGCAACAGAAGGAAAGGAGGAAACAGGAAGAGCAGCGUAUCAAAAAUGUCGCCAUAAAGCGUGCUGAGGCUCAGUUGGCAAGAGCACAGGGUAUUCAUGCAGCUGCCUUGCUUCGCCUCCGUAAAGCGACUAGCGUGCGGGACCUCCGGAAAGCCGCUUUAGUUCGUCAGAUGCAGCAACGUGAGAAGUUGGCUGAAGAACACGCCCAACUCGUCCACAGGGCACGCACAGCACGAGAUUCGAGGCAUGCUUCUAUCGAGGCAGCGAAACAGGCGGCCGAAACGAGGCGGCAGCAUGCGGCUAACGAAAAAGUCAAACGAAGCAAAGAGCAGGCUCGGUCUCUCCGACUAGCUGCUGAAGAGCGGGCAUCGAAGCACGCUGAAGUGGUCAAGUUAAGAAGCCUCGAGGAAGCUGUAGUGAAAACGAGAGGCUUAAUCUCACGAAUAGGGCGACGCGGCGACUGGAACGAAACGAAUGGCUUGUCUUCGCCUACCAUGAAUGGCGUGCCGCUUGUUGAAGUCAAGGCAAGGUUGGAGAUGAAAAAAAUUUUCGAGAAGAAAAAACGCCAGAAGGCGGAAAGGCAGAAGCUAUCUCAGGAGCUGAGGACGCAGAAGAUUAAGAACGAGUUCCUUCGCUCCACCAAGUUGAACAUCGAACGGCAAGUCCAAGAGCAGCAAAUGAGUGGCGCUGAAAGGCGAGCCGAGAGCAUGGCUAAGCAAGCGAUGAAGAAAGUUGCGUUGAUGGAAGGAAUCAAACGAAGGGAGAGGUAUCAACGGAUGGCCAACAAGGCUAUAGCGGAAGUCAAGGAGGCCUCUAAAAAUGCCGAAGGAGCAAGGCGUCUGCUUACUCUUCAGCAACAGCAAAGAGAGCUGCAGCACAAAUAUGCAGACAAGGACAACACGAAAAUGAUGGCGACGUCUCGAGAGCAGCAAUUGAAUACGGGGAGCUGGCCUUAA